ACAUGCCGGACGUCACGAAAGCUAUCAAACAAGUAUCCACGCGCAAUUAGUGGAGGAAUUGAAACACAAUCCAACUCUGGGUCGGAUUUUGCGGAUGCUCGUCAGUCAGAUGAAGCCCGGAAAAUGAAACGCCGGGGAUGCGUUUAGUCAAUGGAAAACAGCUAGCGGAUUGUGGACCUUUUUGUGGCUUGUUGCCUCGCAAAGGAUCUAUCCCAACCAUGGCGCUCCAGAUAUGGGCAUCUGAAACAGCAUAUCGUCGCCGCUUUGGGAUCAGAGUGGGGAUAUUCUGCGAUGUACAUCUCUGGACAUGCGUGGCCCUCAAAGUCCGAUUAGGUUUGAAGCGUCAGAGCGAGUGGGUCAUUUAAAGAGAGCAGUGGUCUGAGCUUGCCUUCCAUCAUGGUCUUUCAUCUUGGAUCACUGCAGGUUAUCGCUCUUGUCUUCAUAAGCUAUGUGCUUUACCUUGUCGCUUCAAGACUGUUGUUUCAUCCUCUAAGGACCUUUCCUGGACCUAAAUUAGCAGCAUUGACGAGCUGGUAUCAGGCGUAUUUUGAGAGCUUCUGCGAUGGUGCGUUCGUGGACCAUCUUGAGAGGUUGCAUGAGAUAUACGGUCCCGUCGUUCGCAUAAAUCCAAGGGAGGUCAAGAAAGGUUCUUCUUCAAUAUUUCUAAUAUUCACUUUGGUUCAGCUCCAUUUCAGUACACCCCAGGCAUACUUCGCCAUUUAUUCUUCCCAGGUGAAGUGUAAAAAAGAUCCCAAAUUUUAUGUUGCUUUCAAUCACGAUGAAUCAUCAUUUGGGUACACAGACCCAGUCUUGGCGAAGAAACGAAGAGACAUCCUUAGCCCCUUCUUUUCCCGUCGCUCGAUCCUCGGACUUGAGCGUAUUAUCCAAUCGAAAGUCGAUCUCCUCGUAACUCGUCUAUCAGAAGACUGCACUAAACCAAUAAAUCUUCACUUCGCAUUUAAAUCCACAACGAUGGAUGUCAUCACAGCAUACUGCUAUGCUCGGUCAUUCGACACUCUUUCGCACCCUGACUUUACUCAUCCUGUUCUCUUGAGCUCCGAGCGGGCGGUGCCCAUGAUAACGUCGAUUCGCCAUUUCCCCACCUUGCAGAUCCUACACCACUUGCCCGAAUGGCUCACGAAGCUUCUGAACCCCGAGACUCUCGGGUUUGUCGAGUUGCGCAAAGCGUUGUUGGCGCAGAUCGAAGGUAUCCUGGCUGAUCCUGGCUCGUUGGACGCCUUCCAUGAUACUAUAUAUAACUGUCUCCUAUCACCUGAGAAGCUCAAGUCUCAGCAAGUCCCAUCCAAGAAGUCGUUAUUAGAUGAAGCACAGAAUCUCCUCUUUGCAGGAACCGAUACGACGAGCAACGCCAUGACUGUCGGAUUCUUCUAUGUCCUCAAUGAUCCUGCUAUACAUGCGAAACUCACCUCGGAGAUAUUUGCUGCAUGGCCUAUCAAGGAAUUGCCAGUUUCCUAUGAGGUUCUAGAAAAACUUCCGUACUUGACGGCUGUUUUGAAAGAGGCACUGAGGAUGAGCGCUGGCGUGCCGAUCUCCAUGCCUCGAGUUGUUGAUACGCCGACGUACAUCGACGGUGUCCAGGUGCCUGUUGGGGCUGCAGUCGGGGUGGGAUGCACGUUCGUCCUCAUGAACAAGGGCAUCUUCUCCCAACCGCACUCCUUUCGGCCAGAGAGAUGGCUUCAGCAAGAGUCUCAGAGCCUAGAGAAAUACUUGGUUCCGUUUUCGAGAGGACCUCGUUCGUGCAUAGGUAUGAAUCUUGCAUGGUGUGAAUUGUAUCUGGUUUUCGCAAACUUGUUUCGGAAAUUCGAUAUGAAGAUACACGAGACCAGGUGAGCAUAAACAAGAGGUUAGUGUCCGAAUCUUAUCAGCUGGAUGAUGUGCUCCUAGCGUG